CUCCUUUGCCUCAGUUGGCAGUUAGUCCCGGCUGCCUGCCGCCGAGCCAUCAUUAAGCGAGGCGGGAGGUGUCCCCACGUCCGGGAGGUGUCCCCACGUCCGGUCCCGACUUCUGAGAAGUGGCAACAGACGUAGGCUUUGAGCGAGCCCAGCUACUAAUAUCGGAAGUCUUCACUUUGUCUGUGCCGGUCGGUUUCAGAGUCCGGUCCCGGAUCCGCUUAUGUCUUUAUACUAGCUCCCCACUCCCAUCAUCUCCUUUCCCUCCCCGCCAAUAGUCUGCAGAGGACCAAGCCCUGGCCCAAGUCAGGAGCCCGGAGCCAGCGGGAAUGGCCCCUGAGAGCUGCAGAGCCCCACCCCAGGGGUUGGUGACCUUCAAGGAUGUGGCUGUGGACUUUAGCCCUGAGGAGUGGGGUCUGUUGGACCCGGAUCAGAAAGAGCUGCACAAGGAGGUCAUGCUGGAGAAUGCCGAGAACUUGCUCUCCCUGGGACUUCCAGUUCCCAGAGAAGAUUUCUUCCAUGUGGAGAGAGGAGGCCUGAGGAACUCCUAUCCUGAUGCAGAGACAAGGUUUGGUAUGAAGGAGAUGAGUACAAAUCUGGAAAUGAUCUCAUGGAAUGACCUUUUUCAGUAUCAUGAAUACAGGGCUGUUUUUGCCAACCACAAAAGAAAACACAUUGGAGAGGAAGGUUGUGAAUGGAAUAGACACAAAAAAGCUUUAAGAAAGAGUUCUAGUGUUGCUGAAGAUAAGAAUAUACAUUGUGAAGAGAAACCACUUGAGUGUCAUAGAUGUGAUGAAGCUUUUCUUUUACUCUCUUCCCUUGCCAAGUACCAGAAAAUCCAUGCUGGAGAGAAACCUUAUGAAUGUAACAAACAUGGAAAGACUUUGAGAGAGCAAUCUAUUCUUGCUAAACCUGAGAGAAUUCACCUAGAAAAACAAUCUUAUGUAUGUAAUCAAUGUGGAAAGGAUUUCCAAUAUUGUUCCAAAUUGGCUCAACAUCAGAGAAUCCACACUGGAGAGAAGCCUUAUGAAUGUAAUCAAUGUGGAAAGACUUUCACAUCUCAUUCUAGUCUUACUUCCCAUCAGAGAAUCCACACUGGAGAGAAGCCUUAUAAAUGUAGUGAAUGUGGAAAGGGUUUCACACAAUAUUCCAGUCUUGCUGUCCAUUGGAGAAUCCACACUGGAGAGAAGCCUUAUGAAUGUAAUGAAUGUGGAAAGGCUUUUACACAAUAUUCCAGUCUUGCUGUCCAUUGGAGAAUCCACACUGGAGAGAAGCCUUAUGAAUGUAAUGAAUGUGGGAAGACUUUCACACAGUGUUCCAGUCUUGCUGUCCAUCAGAGAAUCCACACUGGAGAGAAGCCUUUUGAAUGUAGUGAAUGUGGAAAGACUUUCGCAAAGCGCUCCUAUCUUGAUGAACAUCAGAGAAUGCACAAUGGAGAGAAGCCUUAUGAAUGUAACAAAUGUGGAAAGACUUUCACAUCUCACUCUAGUCUUACUGUCCAUCAAAGAAUCCACACUGGAGAGAAGCCUUAUGAGUGUAGUGAAUGUGGAAAGGCUUUCAUAAGUAGCUCCAAGCUUACUUCCCAUCAGAGAAUCCACACUGGAGAGAAGCCUUAUAAAUGUAGUGAAUGUGGAAAGGAUUUCCUAAAUGGCUCCAGUCUUACUUCCCAUCAGAGAAUCCACAGUGGAGAGAAGCCUUAUAAAUGUAGUGAAUGUGGAAAGGAUUUCAUAAAUGUCUCCAGUCUUACUUCCCAUCAGAGAAUCCACAGUAGAGAGAAGCCUUAUGAAUGUGAUGAAUGUGGAAAGGCUUUCAAACACACAAACAGUCUCAGAGAACAUCAGAGAAUCCACACUGGAGAGAAGCCUUAUGAAUGUAAUGAAUGUGGAAAGGCUUUCACAAAACUCUCCCAUCUUGAUGUACAUCAGAGAAUGCACAAUGGAGAGAAGCCUUAUGAAUGUAGUGAAUGUGGAAAGGCUUUCACAUCUCACUCUAGUCUUACUGUCCAUCAGAGAAUCCACACUGGAGAAAAGCCUUAUGAAUGUAGUGAAUGUGGUAAGGCUUUCAUAAGUAGCUCCAGGCUUACUUCCCAUCAGAGAAUCCACAGUGGAGAGAAGCCUUAUAAAUGUAGUGAAUGUGAAAAGACUUUCAUUGAUGGCCCCAGCCUUGCUAAACAUCACAGUGUCCACACUGGAGAGAAGCCUUAUGAAUGUAAUGAAUGUGGAAAGACUUUCACAUCUCACUCUAAUCUUACUUCCCAUCAGAGAAUCCACAGUGGAGAGAAGCCUUAUGAAUGUAAUGAAUGUGGAAAGGCUUUCAAACACACAAACAGUCUCACAGAACAUCAGAGAAUCCACACUGGAGAGAAGCCUUAUGAAUGUAAUGAAUGUGGAAAGACUUUCAUAAGUAGCUCCAUCCUUGGUAAACAUCAGAGAAUCCACACUGGAGAAAAGCCUUACAAAUGUAAUGAAUGUGGAAGGGCUUUCACACAAUAUUCCAGUCUUACUGUCCAUUGGAGAAUCCACACUGGAGAGAAGCCUUAUGAAUGUAGUGAAUGUGGUAAGGCUUUCAUAAGUAGCUCCAAGCUUACUUCCCAUCAGAGAAUCCACAGUGGAGAGAAGCCUUAUAAAUGUAGUGAAUGUGGAAAGGAUUUCACAAAUGGCUCCAGUCUUACUUCCCAUCAGAGAAUCCACAGUGGAGAGAAGCCUUAUAAAUGUAGUGAAUGUGGAAAGGAUUUCAUAAAUGGCUCCAGUCUUACUUCCCAUCAGAGAAUCCAUAGUGGAGAGAAGCUUUAUGAAUGUAAUGAAUGUGAAAAGGUUUUCAAACACACAAACAGUCUCAGAGAACAUCAGAGAAUCCACACUGGAGAGAAGCCUUAUGAAUGUAAUGACUGUGGAAAGACUUUCAUAUAUCGCUCCAUCCUUGCUAGACAUCAGAGACUCCACACUGGAGAGAAGCCUUAUGAAUGUAAUGAAUGUGGAAAGACUUUCAUAUAUCGCUCCAUCCUUGCUAAACAUCAGAGAAUCCAUACUGGAGAAAAGCCUUAUAAAUGUAAUGAAUGUGGAAAGGCUUUCACGCAAUAUUCCAGUCUUGCUGUCCAUUCUUGGAGAAUCCACACUGGAGAGAAGCCUUAUGAAUGUAGUUAAUGCGGAAAGGCACCACAGUCUUAGUAAACAUGAGAAAAUCCACAUUGGACAGAAACCUCGUGAAUGUGGAAACUUUCAGGCAGAGUUCAAAUCUUGCUUAAUAACAGUGCAUAUUAGAGAAAAACUUUUGAGUGUCUGGAUCAUGGUAAAGUUUUUCAUAUAGAUUAUUCUGGGAACUAGACUAGACAUGGGAGAUCCCACACUACAUAUAAAACUUCAUUCAUAUAAUCCAUGUGGAAAAACAUUCAGGCUUACUUCAUUCUGUUCUCGAUCAAUAAUUUUCCUCUUCAUUCUCUUGUUUAUUCCCAAAUUCUUUGGCUUUCCAUCUGUGUGAUAAGUAAUGUGUUCCAUGUUUCAAUAUUAUUUAAAAUAGCUCCAUUUUGAAUUAAUUUGUUAAAUUGUGUUCAGUCAGUUUGAGGGCAAGUGAGGCCUUUUCAGAAAACUGACCCCCAAGAAGAGUACCAUAGUUUAGGGCUACAGUUUCAGAAAAACUCCUUGUACCCUUGCUUAGUUUUGCACAAACCACUUUGCCACAUCAGCAGGCUUUGAAAUAUAUAGUUACUGUUCUAGAGAUAGAACAGAAAGGUCCUGAGCCCCCAUCCUGAGUUCUCACAGCCGUUGACCAGAGGGAAAACUUGAGCCGAUGUGAAUCUUCUGCCUAAAAAGGGACAAAGUGGGACUAUAAGGUCUAAGUAUUGGUGGCGUGGACAUAUUUUUCCUGGCCAGGGAAUAUAAAAACAAUUUCCUCACUCAUCAUCAUUGUGCAUGUUCAAAAAUUUGGACUUUCUCGGAAUUUGGAAAGACUAGGGGUCAUGUUUUGUUUCUCCUCACAAGUCAAAUUAACACUAGGAAAACAUCUAGGAGCACUGGUAGCUAAAAGCUGUAAAGAUACAAUCUUAUAUAUAUUUACAAUAUGUCAGUUAUAUCUUUUUCCUCCCAAACUAUCAGUAUUAUUUACAACUAUCAGGGUCAAGUUAUCAUACCAAGUGACAUGUUUAACCAUAGGAGGGGUAAGGCACAUAAGUCCAAUGCAAUCUUUUUACCAUCCUGUAGGCAACUGUAAUAGACAUUACCAGGAGAGAGAUCAAUGUCCUAACCCCCUUCUCCUAACCCAAGAGGUCUUGCUUUCAUCUUCCCAUCAUUUCUUUUUUUGGAGAUUUCCCUGCAUCCUCAGGGCCCUCAUCUUCUUGGCUAGUGUGUUGAUAAAUGCAGAUGUUUCUCUCUGGGACCUAGACCAGUUCUGCCUUUUCUGGAAGAAUACAAGUAUAACUUCAACCCUAUAUUAGUAAUGUGGCUGGACCAGUCCAAUGACCCAUUAUUGGAUAUUUUCACAUGCAGCAAAAAAAAAAAAAAAAAAAAAAAAAGAUUCAUCCCUGAAUGUUCACUCCUUAUGUUCAUAUCUGAAUAAAUGUCUCUCUCUCUUUUUUUUUUAUUAUAGCUUUUUGUUUACAAGUUGUAUGCAUGGGUAAUUUUACAGCACUGACAAUUGCCAAACCUUUUCUUCCAAUUUUUCCCCUCCUUCCCCCCAUUCCCUUCCCCCAAUGUCAGGUUGACCAAUGCAUGUUAGGUAUGUUAAAGCAUAUAUGUCCUAACAGUUAUUUUGCUGUAAAAAAAGAAUUGGAGUUUGAAAUAGUGUACUAUUACCUGUGAAGGAAAUCAAAAAUACAGGCGGACAAAAAUAGAGGGAUUGGGAAUUCUAUGUAAUGGUUCAUAGUCAUCUCCCAGAGUUCUUUUGCUGGGUAUAGCUGGGUUAGUUUAUUAUUGCUCUAUUUUAACUGAUUUGGUUCAUCUCAUUGUUGACGAGGGCCAGGUCCAUCAGAAUUGAUCAUCAAAUAGUAUUGUUGUUGAAAUAUAUAAUGAUGUCCUGGUCCUGCUCAUUUCCCUCAGCAUCAGUUCAUGUAAGUCUCCCCAGGCCUUUCUGAAAUCCUCCUGCUGGUCAUUUCUUAACAGAACAGUAAUAUUCCAUAACAUUCAUAUACCACAAUUUACCUAGCCAUUCUCCAAUUGAUGGGCAGCCACUCAGUUUCCAGUUUCUAGCCACUACAAAUAGGGCUGCCACAAACAUUCGUGCACAUACAGGUCCCUUUCCCUUCUUUAGUAUCUCUUUGGGAUAUAAGCCCAGUAGUAACACUGCUGGAUCUAAGGGUAUGCACAAUUUGAUAACUUUUUGAGCAUAGUUCCAAAUUACUCUCCAGAAUGGCUGGAUGUUGAAUAAAUGUCUUUAUGUUCAACAUUUUGUUUUCUGAUACUUAAUAAACAAUAACCAAAGAUUAAAAGUUUAGAAAUAGAUAAUAAAAAAAUUCCAAAUUGCAUAUUGCCUGGGAAAAACGAUGUUCAGUUAUUAAACAUGUUUAAAGAGACAAAGUCAUAGCGUACUAUAGUCAGAAUCACUUUAAACAAUGGUAACAGAGGCAGCUAGAUGGUGCAGUGAAUAGAGUACCAGUCCUGAAGUCAGGAGGAUGGGAGUUCAAAUCUUACCUCAGACACUUAACACUUCCCAGCUGUGUGACCCUGGGCAAGACACUUGACUACCAUUGCCUCUGCAGAAAACCAAAAACCAACAAUGAGAACACACCUGCACUGUGUACUUACUCCUGAAAGAAUAUUGAGGGGUUGAGCAAUAUGGCUAGUUGGGAGGAUUAUUGCUAAGAUUUCAAUCUUCUGUGAUGGUGUAGUCAGUUUGUAUGAAAUUACAUAUUUAAAUAGUAUCUUGAUUGCCCUGAAAUAAAGCCAUCUGUAAAUGUAA